UGACUGCCGGGGUGAUUCCUCCGGUCACCAGGGGCUGCUUCCUACUGUAUUCCCACCGUGUGCUCCGGGGGGAGGAACCUGUUCCCGUAACCUCUGGAUGAAUGCCCGACUCCGGGAUAUCUCCGCCGACACAGGGUUGAUGUUUCCUCACCGGGCGCCCUCAGGGUCGCUUUCAAGCCUGACCGCCGCCGGCUCCCCGUCGCCGUCAUCCUCGUGAGCGAGCCGGUCGAUCGCCUCCAGCUCACCGCCACCUGCCAGCGGAGCAGCCCGCCGCUUCACCUCCACCCCCGUCUGCGCCGCCAUGGACACGGAGUCUACGUACUCGGGCUACUCCUACUACUCUGGACGCUCCCGGGGAUCCCACAGGCACGGGGAGCGAAGCCGGGAGCGAAGCCGGGACCGCCAUAAGGCCCGCGGCAAAGACAGCCGCUCGGAGAAGUCCAUCACCAUCACCACCACGCCCGCCGAGCCGCUGCUGGGCGACUCGGCCGCUCGCGCUGAGCAGGUCCAGGACGACAACUGGGGCGAGACCACCACGGCGGUGACGGGCACGUCGGAGCACAGCCUGUCCCAGGAGGACAUCGUGCGCAUCACCAAGGACCUGGAGGACAGCGUGGGGCUGGACUGCCGCCGCUACUUCUCCCUGGCGCUGGCCGUGGCGCUGGGCCUGCUGGUGUUCCUCACGCCGCUCGCCUUCCUGGCGCUGCCCCACCUGCUCUGGCCCGAGAAGCUGCAGAGCUGCGGCACGGCGUGCGAGGGCCUCUUCAUCUCCGUGGCCUUCAAGCUGCUCAUCCUGCUGCUGGCCGUCUGGGCGCUGUUCUUCCGGCCGCCGCGGGCCGGCCUCCCGCGGGUCUUCGUGUUCCGGGCGCUGCUCGCCGUGCUGGUGCUGCUCUUCGUGGUCUCGUACUGGCUGUUCUACGGCGUCCGGAUCCUCGACUCGCAGGAUGAGAACUACCAGGGCAUCGUGCAGUACGCUGUGUCGCUGGUGGACGCCCUGCUCUUCAUCCACUACCUGGCCAUCGUGCUGCUGGAGCUGCGCCAGCUGCAGCCGUGCUUCUCCGUGUGCGUGGCGCGCUCCACCGACGGCGAGACGCGCCACUACAACCUGGGGAGGCUCAGCAUCCAGCGGGCGGCUCUGGCCGUCUUGGAGCGCUACUACUGCGACUUCCCGGUGCACAACCCGGCGCUGCUGUCCGCCUCCAAGUCCCGCGCCGCCAAGCACCUGGCCGGCCUCAAGGUGUACAGCGUGGACGGUCCGGGGAACAACGCGCCGCCGCCGCUGACGCCGCCGGCGGCGGGCCUCGCCCACUCCCAGUCCCGGGCCAUGAUCGCAGCCGCCGCCCGCCGCCGAGACACCAGCCACAACGAGCUGUACUACGAGGAGGCGGAGCACGAGAGGCGCGUGCGCAAGCGAAAAUCGCGGCUGGUAGUGGCGGUGGAGGAGGCGUUCACGCACAUUAAGCGCAUGCAGGAGGAGGAGCAGAAGAAGGCCCCGGGGGACGUGAUGGACCCCCGGGAGGCGGCACAGGCCAUCUUCCCGUCCAUGGCGCGCGCCCUGCAGAAGUACCUGAGGACCACCCGGCAGCAGCACUGCCACAGCAUGGAGAGCAUCCAGCAGCACCUGGCCUUCUGCAUCACCUACAGCAUGGCGCCCAAGGCGUUCCUGGAGUGCUACCUGACCCCAGGCCCCACCCUGCAGUACAGCCGGGACCACUGGCUGGCCCGCCAGUGGACGCUGGUCAGCGAGGUGUCGGUGACCGGCGGCCUGGCGGACGGCUCCACCUUCGUGCUGCGCUGCGCCGACUUCAGCCUGGUGGUGACGACGCGGACGAUCCCGUACAUCCAGCUGUCGGAGGAGUACGUCGACCCCAAGUCGCACAAGUUCGUGCUGCGGCUUCAGUCGGAGACCUCCGUGUAGGAACCCCGGAACUCUGUGUGUGAAUCCCUCGCUCUCAAAUGUUUCACUUUGGGUCUGCAGGUGUUUUAAUAUAUAUAUAUAACAUAUGAAUAUAUUAUCUUUUUUUUAAAUGUUUUGAUUUGGACGGGGCGGGGGAACGAUCAAUGAACCCCCGAGGACGGCGGUGGGCUUGAGUUCGGUUGUUUUUAAUCGGACGUCUUCGUCGGCUACAUUUUAAAAGUAUUUGAACCGUCAGCAAAAAUAAAUGCAUCUGACAAAAAGAAAACGCCCAUCAGACGUUGCAUUAAAUGCACAUCGACGUACGUUUAAAUGAAAAGAAGACUCCGCGCCAGAGGGCGGAACAUGUGACCUCUCUCAUCUCCUCAUCACCGCCGCUGCAGAGCUCUUCUUCUCCUCACAGGUGCAAUAGAGCAACAACCACAGACACCACAGACACGUUCCCACGCUUUAACCCGGAUCAGAAGAGACGCUGGGCUUUCUGCCUGUCACGGAUACAAAGUGCUACUGAAGGAGAACUCUGAGAAACUGAAAUAUCGUACACUUUCAUAUUCAAGACAGUUUUCCAAGCUUAUCGAAGCCCAGAUCAAAAAAAUAAUGACCAGCGUUGUGCUACAACGACUGUGUCAUAGUGUGAUGUGCACAUUCCACAGCACUCUGUCUCCUGCUGCUCGGCUGCUUUGGGUUCAUAGUCCCGAUUGGUUAAUCUUCCAUCAGCAAAGCUCAACUUUUGCUUUUGUUUUUUUUACACAAGGGGAACGCUGCUAAACCUUUUUUAUGUGUUUCUGCCGAUCCAUUUUCUGUGUCUGAUUUUAAGUUUUUUAUUUCUCCUGCGUUAAGAACAAGUGAGAUUUUUUUAAUUCAAAAACACAAUCAUAAUCUUUCAGUUCCUUAAAAAAAAGAAAAGUAAAGGUAUCCAAUGCGGGGGUCCAAAACUGUUUAGCUAAAGGCGGGACAGUUAGGAUUCAUGUGAUUAAAACUCCCCUGAAAGACAACUCUUCAGACCUGUGGUAGUGACGCACUGGAGCCCCUUGUGGCCAACAGUAAUAUUACAACAACAAACACAAUGAUGUAGAGAGACGGAAACAUAGAAGGUUCUCAGUCAAACAUGUUCACGUCUCAGAGAAAGUGUGUUUUGAAUCCAUGCUGUGUAGAUGGACAUCACACAGAUGUUACACAAAUGUUACACAGAUGUUACCACGACAAUAAAAGGCCACUGUUUGAGAAUCUGAGUGCGUUGAGAGUGCGAGCCGCGGCAGGGCGGGACCUCCCUCCCAACAGGACCGUCUGGUUUUCCUCCACUACCUGGAGUCCCUCGGGGUCAGAAGGGAGUUUGUUUCGUUCACCUGAUGAACCGGCCAGACGAAUCCAGAUAAUUGCACUGAAACAAAAGGUCGACAACCUUGUGUGUGUGUGUGUGUGUGUGUGUGUGUGUGUGUGUAACCCGCUGCAAAGAAGGAAAAUAGUGAUGUGUCUUCUCUCUGUGAGCAGGGCUGCUCCCUGCUGCCCCCUGGCUGGAGAAUGUCACGUUGUCUGCCUGAGGGGAGCCGCACAAAAAAACAUUUUACACACACACACACACACACACACCAAGAUGCUGGUGAGUUAAGCAAAAAAAAAACAUUUCACUGUUAACUUGUAACUGGGGUAAAAAUGCAAAAAAAAGACUUCUUUGUGACCCGAUGUGACUAUGCCUCCUGUUUUUACACUGUAACUAUUUAUGUAAACAAGCAUGUGUGUGUGUGCAUGCACACGUGUGUAUGCCAUUCCAGUUCACACGACCAGCCCCCCCCCCCCCACACACACACACACACACAUCACCGCCGUCUGCCACGCUGUUGCCGGGUUACAGUCCGAUGACUUGACAUGUUUCACUUUCACAGGUAUUAGCGUUUGUAUGAAAACAAUAAUAAACAUUUUUAUGAACA